AGGGGAGCAUAGUACCUGGUCACACUUAAAUCAGUCAGAGUACCCAUGCCCCUGGAAUUCGAUCUGUUUGUUUCACAGGUUGCGUAAAUGCUGUUAUUGACAUGCUUGUGCAAUGACCACCCUGUCGUUAAAGUUAAUGCUAUGGUUGGAGAAGCAGCAGCUCUUCCCUGCAUGUGUCCUCCUGACAGUCCUCCAUAUCUGGUCUGGCAGAAGACCAUCGCUGAUCAGGCACUUGUGGUUAAUUACUAUAAAGAUGACGACCAAGAAGAGAACCAAAUGGCACUCGAGUACAGGAACAGAACAGAGCUGAGGCUGACAGGAAACUGUUCUCUUGUGAUUCAUAGUGUGUGUUCAUCAGACCAAGGACUGUACACCUGUUACUAUAAGAGUAAACCUUUAAGGCAUGAAACAAUCUAUCUGGAGGUCACAGCAAAACAAGUACAAGAAAAAGAGUCAGAUGAACCUCAGAGCGUCUGGAGCACCAUUGUGAUGUCUUCAGUCUGCGGGUUUCUCGUCAUUUUGAUCACAAUUGCUGCAGCAUAUGUGAUAAUUACUUGCAGAAAUAGACAUCAGAUAAGAAGAACAUCCAUUGCAACAUCAAUGAGGAGCAUUUAACAGCUGUCAUUAAUAUAGUGAUCUUUAUCACUGUUUUUAGUGGCUUUUCAUGGAUGGUAGAAAAUGCAACAAACAAAACCAUCAAUAAUGUGCUCAAUCAGACUAUACUCAAAUACAAUGUUUAGUUUUCUCAAAAUCCCUGGAUCUGUCCAAAGUCUGCUGGAUUAUGUGUUUUAUUUCCUAUGGCAGAUUUUUGCUGAUAAAUAAACUGAUAUUUUGGUGCAGGUUAACAGAAAAAUUAUACAAAUUAUUAAUUUAUUUCUACUACUGACAUUUGUAAUAAUACAAAGCUGGUUGAAAAUUGGUGUAAAUGCAACUGUGAAUUGCCAACCAAUGGCUAUCAGCCAUCCAAAACACCCCAGCAAACCACAUAGCACCCAUCCUGAACACCCUAGUAAGUACAUGUAACAUUCUAAUCACAAAAAAAAACGUUCUUAGAAUAUUAAAAAUAAGCAUUCAAAUAACAUAUUAUGGGUGAAAAUAAAGUUAUUAAAACUUUGUAAGAAACGCCUCUGUGACCUUUAACAUCAUAACCGUGAUAAGAAAACUUUUUUUUCAAUGUUUUAGAAGCAUUCCAAAACUGGAAUGUUCCUACAGCAUUUGUAUAACUUAUAACAAUUUUUAUUGCAGAUCCUCAAAAUAACAAUUUUAUCUUUGGUGUCAUUUUACAUUUGGUCACUUCAUGCAUGUAGAUUAAUCAGAGCAUGAAAAGAUUCCAUUGCACUGAUACUGACCACAUUCUCUGUAGAAUGUAUAUAGAUAUUCACUUAAUGUUUUUGCUUUCUAAUAUUUGCUUUGGUUCUGACCAGACUGUUGGAUUCACUGUAACACUUCCAGUGUGUGUGUGUGUUUGCUUUCACAGGGCAUUAGUAAAUGUAGUCAAACAGCAGGAAUCCACCACUGACCCAGAUAUCUAUGUGGGUUGUGUAACAUGUCUCGCAUUCCUGCAUUUAUUGCUUUUAAAGCAGUUUUUUGACAAAGAUGUUGAUUUCUUUCUUUCUUUUUUUCUUUCUUUCUUUCUUU